CUGGCUGUGGCUCAGUCUAAUCUAAAGUCUUUACUGGCAUUCACGUCGCGCGCCGUUGUCGAGCGGACGUAUCGCACGUCGUUCGCCGCUAACAGAUUGCACUGUUUUUUGUUCGGAACUUUAUAUCAGACGGCUUUGAAAGCUCCGUCCGUUGUACGUUAGUACCAGUCGAAUUUAUCUCGUUAAUAGUUUCGAUUGUGACGCAAAAGCUGGUUAUAACUCGGUGCAGUGAUAACGGGGAGUGAUGUGAUUUGUGUUGUGUUUACGUUGCGAUGUGCGUGGUAGUGUAGGCUGUAGAUCAUGGGGUAUGCGUCGAACGGUGCGGGGCGGGCAGCGCACGAAGCGCUUUUGGCGCGGCAGGAUGCGGAGCUCCGUCUCAUGGAGACUAUGAAGCGAAGCCUGCAGGCUAAAAUGAAAAGCGAUAGAGAAUACGCUCUCGCGCUUUCCGCCGCCGCUGUACAAGGACAAAAGAUGGACAAAUGCGAAGAAUUGAACGGUUCAGUGAUCGCUUCAGCAUGGAGGACAAUGACAGAAGAAUGGGAGAACACGAGCCGUUUGAUCAAAGCUAACGCAGAAGCUCUAGAGUCGAGAGCUCUGGAUCGUCUGAUCACGCUUAUGACUGAAAGACGGAAGGCACGCAAAGUUUACCAGGAAGAUCACACCAAGAUAUCUUCGCAGUUCACACAGCUCUCGGAAGAGGUGCAGAGGAAACAAAGCGAGUACCAGAAGUGCUUGGAGUCCUACAAGCAAAUGAGGGCGAAGUUCGAAGAGAAUUAUCUUAAAUGUCCAACCAGCAGAGGCGGUCGUAAGUUGGACGAGACGCGCGACAAAUACGGCAAGGCAUGCCGUCGCUUGCACAGAGCACACAACGAGUAUGUGCUGCUGCUGGCCGAGGCGACGGAGUGCGAGCGAGCCCUGCGCACCGCCUCGCUGCCGGCGCUGUUGGACCAGCAGAGGAGGCAGGGUGAAGCCACGGCUUCCUCAUGGAAAGGAAUCCUGGUUGAAGUGGUCCAGAGGUCAGACUUCAGCACGGACAAGUUCAGGGAGAUUCAGUCUAAAGUAGAGUCAACCGUUCAGAACCUGAGGCCGCAAGACGAGUACAAAGAAUUCAUGGAGAAGUACAAAUCACCCCCUUCAACUCCAAUUACCUUUAACUUCGACGAGAGUCUUGUUGAAGAUACAAGCGGCAAACUUCAACCAAACCAGCUCACAGUUGACAACCUUACAGUGGAGUGGUUAAAGGAAAAGUUAACCGAACUGGAGUCCAGUUUACAGGAGAACAGGGAGAAACAGACAGCUUUACAGGGACCCGAAAUCAUUGGAAAUGGUGUUUGUAAAAAUAAUAAUACAGGGAUGACGAAUGGUGUUAAUGGGAUAGAUAGGCAUUCACCGCCACCAAUUCCGGUAACAACACCUGAGCCGAUGAAGUUGCUGGAACUAAGAGUGUCUGAACGCAAAUGCGCCAAACAAGCUGAAAUGAUUCGAGCAGCUUUAGCAGAGUUGGGUUGUGAAGAAGCACCUAGUGGCUGUCCCGAUCUAUCCGCAGAAGUUGUAGGCGUCGAUAGUCUGGAUGGCAGCUCACCAGAUCAUCAGGACGGCGCGUCACUCGGCUCGAAAGCGUCGAUGGAUACUUUGCGGUUGCACCUGCAUUCUAUCAUACCACCAAAGCCGUUCUUCAGACUAUUCACGCGUCCCUUCCGACGCAAAUCCGUUCCAUCAAGCCCGGCGUUACCGCCAAAAACGUACAGAAGCAGCAGCGAAGGACCCUCAGACUCGGUCAGUGUGAGUGAGACAGAGCGGUCACUGGUCGACCAGGAAUGGUUUCAUGGGGUGCUACCGAGAGAGGAGGUGGUACGCUUGUUGAGGGCGGAUGGAGAUUACCUGGUGCGGGAAACGACGAGGAAUCACGCCAGGCAACUAGUCCUGUCCGUGUGUUGGGGGCAACACAAACACUUUAUUGUACAGACCACGCCAGAGGGUCACUACAGAUUCGAAGGAGCAGCUUUCCCGUCAGUAGCAGAACUGAUAGCGUGGCAGAGAGCGAGCGGCGUGCCCGUCACUGCGCGCUCAGGAGCUUUGCUGAGACGAGCUGUGCCACGGGAGACGUGGGAACUUAACAAUGACCACGUGCAGCUUUUGGAUAAGAUUGGGCGGGGUAAUUUUGGAGACGUCUACAAAGCGCGGCUCAAGACUACAGGCCAAGAAGUGGCAGUGAAGACGUGUCGCGUGGCACUCCCUGAGGAGCAGAAGCGCACAUUCUUACAAGAAGGACGCAUCCUCAAGCAGUACCAGCACCCUAACAUCGUCCGCCUUAUUGGCAUCGCAGUACAAAAGCAACCAAUCAUGAUUGUCAUGGAACUAGUCUCGGGUGGAUCUCUCCUCACAUUUUUGCGAACAAGAGCAUCAAACCUCAGUUCACGAUCACUGUUGGCAAUGUGCCGGGAUGCUGCUGGCGGGAUGCGAUACCUCGAGUCCAAGAACUGCAUCCAUCGAGAUCUGGCUGCCAGGAACUGUCUGGUGGGAGACGAUAAUAUUGUGAAGAUAUCCGACUUCGGCAUGUCGAGAGAGGAAGAGGAAUACAUCGUGUCUGGUGGAAUGAAGCAGAUACCUAUCAAAUGGACGGCCCCGGAGGCGCUUAAUUUUGGAAAAUACACCUCUCUGUGUGACGUGUGGAGCUACGGCGUGCUGAUGUGGGAGAUAUUCUCCAAGGGCGACACGCCCUACGCCGGCAUGAGCAACUCGCGCGCCAGGGAGAAAAUUGACAAUGGUUUCCGUAUGCCCGCGCCGGAAGGAUGCUCAGAGGAUGUGUACGCUUUAAUGCUACGCUGCUGGGAGUAUGAACCGGACAAACGACCGCAUUUCCAUCAGAUAUACACAAUCAUAGACACCAUAUACAAUAGGUAACGUUAUAUUAGCAACUAGUAACGUUAUUUUAUCCAAAGGUAACGUUAUAUUAGCAGCUGGUAAACGUUACAUCAUCAAAUCAAUCAGUACAUCAUACAACAGUUAGGUAUAUUGUCGAUAGGUAAUGUUACUUUAGCAACUGGUAACAUUAAUGAUUAAUGGUAACGUUACAUUAGUAACUAGAACUGGUAACAAUAAUGAUGACCAAUGGGUAACGUUACAUUAGUAACUAGUAAGUGUAAAGUUAUAUCAACAAUAGGCAAUGUUACAUUUUCCUAGUGUAACAUUUUCUGUUACAACUUGGGAAUUUCCCGUUGCAUACGUUUGGUUGUAUAAAUUAAACACGGAAUAUUGUAGGCCCUAUUCGGUUGUAAACAAAUCCCCAUAUAAAUGUAACUAAAUGAAAGUGUAAUGAUGAACCUAUUUAAAAUAGGAAAAUCCUAUUAUAAUUUCACAAUUUUUCCCGUUAAAACUAACCUCGUUUUUGAAGUAUUGGAUUAGUUCUGAAAUAUAUUAUCUAUAAUGUAUUUUAUUAUGUGUUAAGCCAAAAUACCAAUGCUUAAAUUUCGAUUGACUGAUUUCAAUGCAUAUAUUCUGAUUGAAAAAACUGUUUCGACAUAGAAAAAAAUUUUGAAUCCGAAAAAAGAAUAUAUCUUGGUCACCCUAGGAAUUUUUUGAAAACUAUUAAAAUGAGUUUUAGAUAAUUAGGUGGUGUAUCAACCACAUGGGUUUUAUCCAUUAAUUACGUGACACCCAGUAUAAUAAUUUACUUUUUGUAUUAAUGACUGUUUCAAGUCUGAAAUCCGAAACAGGGGUCCAAUACAGGGGUCCAAUACUUUACAGGUAAUAUACACAAGUAGGUAUAUUUUGUGUCAAACUCGGUUUUCAUGAUUUUGAUUAUAUGUUAAGAGUAUUAAGUGCCUAUGUAGUAGGUACAUUGUAUAUUAUUUUGUACUUCUUUUUUGAUAUUAUGUCAGUAAAUAUUAUAAUAAAGUAUAAAUUCACCUUAUUUACCCUAAAAAUAUUGUUAUGCCUUUUUUAUGUAACACAAACUAAAUUAAACAUUUGGGACACAUGGGUAAAAUCAAAAGUACAUUUUUUUCCCUAUGGGACAUCGUCAAACACUAUUAUUAAACUUGUCGUUUUAGAGAUUUUUAUUUAACCGACUUUGAAAAGUUACGGUGCCUAUUGUCAAUUACAGCAAAAAUAUUCAAGUAUUGCAAGUAAAUAAUGCAACUUACGAAUAUUCCAGUAAUUAAAUAUGAAAACCACGAAUUUUGAGUUGGUAAGAUGCUUAUGAUAACUCGACAGUCAAUCGAGAUCUUGUACUAAUGGAUCUAUUUCGUGUCUGAGAUAAUUUUAUAUUAAACUUAAUUUCAAAACAUUUGUAAUUUUUCUUUAUUUGUAAAAAAUAAUUAUAGUGUCAUUUAGUUUCGCUUCGUUGCUAUACAAUUUAUUUGAUAGCAAGUACAACUUUUUGACAACAGAUGGUGUGAGUAGGAAGGUACCUAUAUAAAUAUAUAAAUGAUAUUUACAUUGUGUAAAAUACCUACUCGGUUUUAAAUAAAUGGUAUAGCAACGCAAAUUGGACAUCUGCUAUUUUUUAUUAUGAUUAUAAUAAUUAUUAUGUAUUAAAUAGAGAAUGUGAUAACCUUACAUAGUGCUUCCAUUUAUUUUAUAUUUUAAAGCUAGUAUUAUGUCAUAGGUAUUAAAAUAUAUGUAACUGGAAGUAAGAUAUAAUUGGUCUACUUCAAUGAGUGUUUAGUAUACUCAGAGGCACAAUUAUCCCCCUCUUUAAUAUGACGCGAGUAUAUUAAAGUGGUUAAAUUGUGCCUCUGAGUAUAUAAUAAUUAUAAUGAAUAUAUGAUGUUGAUGAUAAUACUGUAAAUAUACUUAUAUGAUAUUAAUAAAGUGCCACAUAAUUUUGAAA